AUGGGUGCUUACAAGUAUUUACAGGAAUUGAACAGAAAGAAGCAAUCUGAUGUCUCCAGAUUCUUACAAAGAGUCAGAGUUUGGGAAUACAGACAAAAGAAAGUUAUCCACCGUGCCUCUAGAUCAACUAGACCAGAAAAGGCUAGAAAGUUGGGUUACAAAGCUAAACAAGGUUUUGUUAUCUACCGUGUCAGAGUUAGAAGAGGUAACAGAAAGAGACCUGUUUCCAAGGGUGCUACUUACGGUAAGCCAACCAAUCAAGGUGUUAAUGAAUUGAAGUACCAAAGAGCUUUGAGAGCUACUGCUGAAGAAAGAGUUGGCCGUAGAUGUGCCAACUUGAGAGUUUUGAACUCCUACUGGGUUAACCAAGAUUCUACUUACAAGUACUUUGAAGUUAUUUUGGUUGAUCCAUCUCACAAGGCUAUCAGAAGAGAUGCUCGUUACAACUGGAUCUGUAACCCAGUUCACAAGCACCGUGAAGCUAGAGGUUUGACUGCCACUGGUAAGAAAUCCAGAGGUAUCAACAAGGGCCACAAAUUCCACAACACUGGUGCUGGUAGAAGACACACCUGGAAGAGACAAAACACUUUGUCUUUGUGGAGAUACAGAAAAUAG